AUGGUGGAGCUGCACCACAGGACCACGCCUGGUGGCUGGCUACAUUCUACCUCUCUGCCCGUAGGUGGCGAUGGUGCAGACGCAGCUUCAGUCUGCGACCAAGCGGCCGAUGGGUCAGCAGAGAAUGAAGCGGCCGCAGAUAAUGAUGCCAAACCCUCCACCACGACCACGGAGAGACACAUCUCCAUCCAAACCAAACUGGACGGCCUCGAGAUGCUGGUGGACCUCAAUGGAGCGGGACGCAAGUCUUGUCCUCUGUGUCCGGAGGAGAAGUUUAAAGCCUGUUACAGCCACAAACUGCGUCGACACCUGCAGAACCUCCACUGGAAGGUCUACGCUGAGUUUGAAGGCCAGAGGAUGUGCAUCUGUCACCUGCCCUGCAGGAACCUGAAGCCCGGCCUGGCUGGAGAUCAGGCGUCAGGACGACACGUGGCUCACUAUCACUGUGUGGUCUGCUCCGUCACUAUCGCCCGCAAGACCGACAUGGUCAGUCACCUGAAACGCCACGUCAACAAAGGAGAGACGGAGGCGAGCUACAGCGGCAGCUCCGACCUGCUGUUUGAAGAGCCUG